AUGAGCGGUUUCGAGCCCGACGCCCACGCUGACAGCCGUUUUAACCUCGUUUCAACCGUUGCUAAGUUAGUACUUGGACAAGCCGCCAACGGCCGCCACAGCAGCUCAGGUACUUUUGGUCGGGUCGUUGCCGAGCACAACGGUCAUCUGGACCGACCCCAAGGAAGCACAGCAAUUUUAGCCCUAUCAGAAGAGUUGCUAGCAUUGUCAGAUGGUCCUCGUGCAGUCAGUACCUAG